ACAUGUGACCGUCCGUGAAGAAGCAAGGGACGUAAAGAUGGCGGAGCGGGCUGACGACGGGACAGUAACACAGAAGUUGGGUCUUGUGUAACGGUUGAUGUUGUAGUUUUUGUGCCGGUCAGUGUCGGUGUGUGACCGGGGGAGGAUGGCCCACCGCUACCUGCGGCUGUCCGCGGGCUGCCGGAGCGUGUUCCGGCUGUUGCUGCCCUCCAAUGCUCCGGCCAGACUGGUGAUGUUCUCGACCACAGCUGGACAGGUAGGCAGUGGGCGGAGCCUGCUGACAGAGCUGCUGGGAGCAUACAGGAAUCAGAGCUCCAAACCCCCUAAAGGUUUUGAAAAGUAUUUUCCAGAUGCUCAGAAACCUGUGAAUAAGUCUGAGACUGAAGCUGCAGCUAAAGAAACUAAAGCUGCUGAUGCUCCAAGAACCUCCGGGAGGGGGGGAGGGGGGGGUGGAGGAGGAAAACGAGGAGGUCGUAAGGAGGAGUCUCACUGGUACAGUCGUCUGCAGAAGGGGGACGUUCCCUGGGACGACAAAGAGUUUCGUAUGUACUUCCUGAGCGGAGCAGCGUUCUGGACCACCGUCACAUAUUAUUUCUUCUUCAGGGAUGGAGGUCGGGAGGUCACCUGGAAGGACUUUGUCAACAACUACCUGUCUAAAGGAGCGGUGGAACGACUGGAAGUCGUCAACAAACGUUAUGUCAAAGUGAUUUUCUCUGCGGGGAAGACGCCUGUGGACGGAUACAUCUGGUUCAAUAUCGGCAGCGUGGACACGUUUGAGCGGAACCUGGAGACGGCGCAGUACGAGCUCGGCAUCGAGGGAGAGAACCGCCUGCCAGUGGUUUAUUCCACAGAGAGCGACGGCACGUUUCUACUAAGCAUGCUCCCCACGGUACUCAUCAUUGGCUUCCUGCUGUUCAUGCUGCGGCGGGGUCCGGCAGGGGCGGGGCGUCCAGGCCGGGGGAUGGGUGGACUCUUCAGCGUCAGCGAGACGACGGCGAAGAUCCUGAAAGAUGAGAUCGACGUGAAGUUCAAAGACGUGGCGGGCUGCGAGGAGGCGAAGCUUGAGAUUAUGGAGUUUGUCAACUUCCUGAAGAACCCGAAACAGUACCAGGACCUCGGUGCCAAGAUCCCCAAGGGCGCCAUCUUGACGGGUCCUCCAGGAACAGGAAAGACUCUUUUGGCCAAAGCGACGGCCGGCGAGGCCAACGUCCCAUUCAUUACUGUCAAUGGCUCUGAGUUCCUGGAGAUGUUUGUGGGCGUCGGUCCAGCGAGGGUGAGGGAUCUGUUUGUCAUGGCGAGGAAGAACGCCCCCUGCAUCCUCUUCAUCGAUGAGAUCGAUGCUGUGGGACGAAAACGUGGACGAGGAAACCUUGGAGGACAGAGUGAGCAGGAAAACACUCUGAACCAGCUGCUGGUGGAGAUGGAUGGUUUCAACACAGCGACCAAUGUGGUGGUUCUGGCAGGAACCAACAGACCCGACAUCCUGGACCCGGCUCUGAUGAGACCCGGACGCUUCGAUAGGCAGAUCUACAUCGGUCAUCCUGAUAUCAAAGGUCGAGCCUCCAUCUUUAAAGUUCACCUGCGUCCUCUGAAACUGGAGACAAACAUGGACAAAGACGCCCUGGCUAGGAAGAUGGCCGCCCUCACACCCGGAUUCUCAGGUGCUGACAUUGCCAACGUCUGCAACGAGGCGGCUCUGAUCGCUGCUCGCCACCUUUCAGACGCCAUUAACCAGAAACACUUUGAACAGGCCAUCGAGAGGGUCAUCGGAGGUCUGGAGAAGAAGACUCAGGUGCUGCAGCCAGAGGAGAAGAAGACGGUGGCGUAUCAUGAAGCCGGCCACGCGGUCGCUGGAUGGUUCCUGGAACAUGCCGACCCACUGCUAAAGGUGUCCAUCAUCCCCAGAGGGCGGGGCCUGGGUUAUGCUCAGUACCUGCCUAAGGAGCAGUACCUGUACACCAGAGAGCAGCUGCUCGACCGGAUGUGUAUGACUCUGGGAGGACGAGUCUCCGAGGAGAUCUUCUUUGGACGGAUCACCACCGGAGCUCAGGACGACCUCCGAAAGGUCACCCAGAGCGCCUACGCACAGAUCGUUCAGUUCGGGAUGAACGAGAAGGUUGGUCAGGUUUCCUUCGACCUCCCGCGUCAGGGCGAGAUGGUUCUGGAGAAACCGUACAGCGAAGCAACGGCUCGUCUCAUUGACACCGAGGUCAGAUCCCUCAUCAGAGAGGCGUACCAGAGAACCCAGCAGCUGCUGAGCAUUAAGAAGGCCGAGGUGGAGAAGGUGGCGCUGCGGCUCCUUGAGAAGGAGGUUCUGGAUAAGAGCGACAUGGUGGAGCUGCUGGGUAAUCGUCCAUUUGCGGAGAAGUCGACGUACGAAGAGUUUGUUGAGGGAACCGGAGGCGAGGACGAGGACACGACUCUACCAGACGGUCUAAAAGACUGGAACCAGGAGAGGACAGAGAAGGAAGAGAGUCAGGACGAACAGGUGGCCCGUCAGAUCUCUGGAGGAAUGCCCUUCUAGAACCUUCCAUGGAUGUCUGGGUUCCACUACAAACACGGACCUAUCAUUCUUGUGUAUAAAAUAUCAUCUGGAAUAUUUCUGAGGUUUAGAACCCUCCCUCCUCACGUAAACAUCAAGAAUUCUUAUUUUUCUGUGGAGUUCUGUACCAAACCCAUAACUGUUACCCUGUAAAGUUCCUCAAUGUUCUGUUGAAUAUCUGGGUUCUUCCACCAACACAAACCCACCUUGUCUCCAUCGGUGAGGUCCAACACCUGCUCCCUGACGUUCAGAACAAUAAACCUGCUUUUUGUCUUUCUGCACCAAAGAUAAACCGUCACCUGAUGAAAUCAACACAUUGUUCUGUUGGAUGUUUGGGUUCUACCACCAACACAAACUGUCACUCAUUCUACAGUCACUUCAUCAAUCUGGUGUAGAACCAACUCACUCAAUUCAAUAACUCUUAACACACACUCCUAAAUCCGACUGCCGAGAAUUACCUUCUUGUACCAACACAUCUUGUCCUAGAACCUUCACCUGAUGGAACCACAGAGUUUACUCACAGGAAACGUUGUAUUAUUUUCUAUGUUGACGCCAAGGGCAGAACUUUCAGAUUCAUACGUUCUUGUCUUUAAGAACUGAUAUAUUACACCUUUAACAUUUACUCUGCUGGGGUCUCACACACCUGUAGAACCACAUUAAUGUCUUCUAGAACCUUCCCACUGAUUUCUUUUGUGCAUUGAACUCUAACAAUGGUUCUAGAAGUUUUCUCUAUAUUAAGUACCAAGUUCGAUAUCACACAGCUGUUCCUAAGCAGGGUUCUACAAGGUUGUAAUUUACAAUUUCACCAUUAAUGUCACUACACUUGACACACUUAACCUCUAGAACCUCUGUUAUUGAGUUCUAGAACACAGUGUUGUUCUCCAGAGAACUGCUCUUUGUAAAAAAUAAGCUCAAAUAUUCUCUGCCUGUGAACACUUGUUCCAUUUCAAGGGUUCUAGUAUCAUCAAAUCCACACUUUCCCUUGACGUAAAACAUUUGCUCCAACGUGGUUCUAGAUAAGUCAUAGAAUAUUAAUACAUUGAGAGAAUGUUCUCUCUUUAGAGCCCUCACAUGUAACAUGUACGUGGUCCUAAUGUUCUACAGGUUGAAACAUAAAUCUUGCAAAUCAGAACCAACAGUAGAACCUUUUUCAAACUAACCGAUGACGACAAACAAGGUUCUCAUUCGCAUCCUGCACAUACUUCUAGGAUGUCAAGUACAAUGUGAGACUGUUUCCAUACAAAGAACUGUUUUACAUCAAAAUACUGGAGAACUCUGUUCAGAACCAGAUGUAGAACUGUCGCAGGUUCUCAAUCAAGAAUUUACAACAGCUGUUGACAAACAACCCGUUCUUCGUUGCGCCCCAAGGAAAGAAAACUGAACUUGUGAAAGAAUAAAAAGGACCUAUCAUUUAUUUAUCAAUGAUUAUUGAUCCUGGUAAUCCGAGGUUCAGGAAGAUGUGGAGAACGUCUGUCUUCAUCUUCAUGACACUGAUCCUGCAGAGCUGAUCACAUAUUGAUUAGUUGAUCAGCUAUUGCUUUACACUGUGUGCAGCUGAGUGUUAUAUGAUGUUAAAUAAUAAUCAUAAUGUAAAUGUGUGUUUUAUGUUUAAAUAAAGCCAGAAAAGCAAUCAGGCUGCAACUCUAAUAAUCAAUAGUAUCAAUAAUGUGGCAGUUAUUAAAAGCUACAGUGCUUUUGUCUGCCACAUUUGAGAGUGAGAGUCAUCGCACAAUGAUUCAUUAAUCAGGAGAAUGUAAAAAACUGAAUAAAACAAACCAUAUCCAACA